AUGUUGGGGGAUGUUGUGAACCACGGGGUCAUCGUUUACUUGAAUGAUAUCCUGAUCUACUCCCGGACCAAGGAACAACACAUACAACAGAGCACUCAGAAGAUCAAACUCCAGGCUGACCGCUGCCGACAUCCUCUCUCCUUCCUGCCUGUCCAGAGGGUCUGGCUGUCCACACUUGCCCCCCAACUGCGUGUCAACCCAACAUUCCACGUGUCUCUCCUGAAGCUGCAUCCCUACACCAGCGGCCUGUUGAUGCUGCUCCACCCCCGCCAGUGCAGGUUGAUGGAGCACCAGCUUAUGCAGAUAAUCUACCAGAAACCAAAGAAGAAGAAACAAGAGUCAGGCCCAGUUCAGUCCAAUGACACCGAUGCCAAAACCAAGAAGAGUAAGAACAAGAAGAGCGAAGAGCUGUCCGGUGGAGAGGAGAGCCCCCCCACACAGAAUGGGAAAAAGGUAAAGAAAAAGAAACCAGACAGGGAAAAAGAAGAACCUGAAGAAAAGACUGAGCAAAAGAAGAAGACAAAAAGUGCACUGAAGAAGAAGAAAAGUUUAGACAGUGAGGAUGAUGAUGACAACAAUGAAGAUGAGGAUGAAGCUUCACAAAAGAAGGCCAAAAAAAAGAUCUCAAAAGAAAAUACUCCAGUCAGUGUCAAGGAGAAGAAACUGAAAACAGCUAAAGAUGACAAAAAUGAAUCUGACAACAAAGCAAAAUCAGCAAAAUCCAAAACCAAGGAGCCUGCUGCAUUAUUCCAAAUAAACGGUGAGAAGCCUGAGAGCAAGACCACAAAGAAAGGUGAGACACCUGCCCACUCGGAAAGCGAGGAAAGUGAACCUGAGUCCAAACCCAGCAAGAUGAAGAAGAAGGUCAGCAGCAGCACAGCCUCCCUUUUUCAGGCAGGAUCAGACAAAGACAAGAGCAAGGACAAGGAGAAGGACAAGGAGAAGGACAAGGAGAAGAAAAAGAAAAAAGGUGAGUAGCUGUUUUAGGAUCAACAUAUGGCCCACCUAAAAGAGCAAAACCCUCCCCAGUGGUUUUUUUACAAUGGCUUUCACCAUGCAGUGUCAAGGAAGGGCGAAGAGAGCGAAGAAGAAGAGGAGGACAAGAUUAAAAAGAAGAAGGGAAAAGGCAAAAAGGGGAAAAAGGAGGAGAGGGCCCCAUCCCCUGUCAUUGAGUUUGACAGCCUCGAAAAGUUUGUGAUGCAGCCAGCAGAGCAGGGCAUCACUGUCAAGUGCAGGGUGACUCGAGACAAGCGAGGUGUGGAUCGCGGACUCUACCCCACCUACUACCUACACCUGGACAAUGAGAAGAAGGUCUUCCUGCUAGCUGGACGGAAGCGCAAAAAGAGCACCACAUCCAACUACUUAAUUUCCAUUGAUCCCACAGAUUUGUCACGAGGAGGAGAGAAUUAUGUUGGAAAGCUCAGGUCCAACCUCAUGGGGACCAAGUUCACAGUGUUUGACAAUGCGCUGCACCCUGACCGUGCCCUCCCAGACUUGUCCAAUGCCCGACAGGAGCUGGCUGCCAUCAUUUAUGAAACCAAUGUCCUCGGAAUGAAAGGGCCAAGGAGAAUGACUGUAAUAAUUCCAGGCAUGAACAAAGACUGUGAACGUGUUCCUAUCCAGCCACGAAAUGAUAACGAUGGGUUGUUGAUCCGCUAUCAAAACAGGAAAAUGGAGAACUUGAUUGAACUCCACAACAAGACACCUGUAUGGAACGAGGAGACGGCUUCUCAUGUGCUCAACUUUGCCGGCCGUGUCACACAAGCAUCCAUAAAGAAUUUUCAGAUUGUCCACAGCAAAGAUGUGGACUACAUCAUAAUGCAGUUUGGACGAGUGGCGGAUGACGUCUUCACGUUGGACUACAGCUACCCACUGUGUGCAGUGCAAGCCUUCGCCAUUGCCCUGUCCAGCUUUGAUGGCAAGAUUGCCUGCGAGUAGAGAUGCCCUGGCAUGAUGGUGACCUGGAGGACCCCCCAGUCAGCACUCAAUGCCAUACUGAUGCAGUCAAACCCCUCACUGGAACAAGCAAUACCAGGGUGUCCUGAGACUGCACUCUUCAG